AAAAAGGAAAAUAUGUUUUCAUCGUGCUUUUAUCUCAAAAUAGUCCUUUAAAUCAGAUUACAUCCUUAUCAUCAGUUAUUGUUAUCAGGGUAUUUUAAUACUGUAAUGAAAGGUAUAAAAUUGUUGAUCAUAUUGUCCAGCCUCGGAAGAUCUUCAUCAAAGGAGAGCUUUCGCCCAACAAACCUAAUCAGUUAAGCUUUUAACGCAGAGAAAGCAACAAGUGCUACAGCGUAAAGGAGAUGGCAACCAGUGGCAGUAACACGACCUUUGAUCUUAGUCCCAAAGCGCUGGUGGGCGUGGGCGUGGGACUGGUGGCUUUGGGCGGGGCCAGUUACCUACUGUACCGCCACCUGACCCGCGAUGUGAUGCCCCAAAAGUGGCGUCGCGUGGGUACCGUUGAGAGGAUCCACUUUUUCCCGGUCAAGUCUUGUGCUCCGCUGCAGAUCUCGCAGCCCGGAGUGGGGUACGACUGUGAUGUGCUGAGCAUGUCCUUUGAGGGAAUAAGAGAUCGCACCUUAAUGGUAGUUAACGACAAGAACGAAAUGAUCACGGCACGGGUGUAUCCGCACAUGACCCAGAUCCAGUCAAAGAAAAUAUCGCCGAGCAAGCUGCUCUUCAGCGUCCAGGAGUUGCCCGACCUGGAGUUGGACUUCGAAAACCUCGAAAGUUCAGGAAAAGAUGUGCACACCUCCGUUUGGGGUGUUCCCGUGGACGCAAUGCCCUGCGGAGAUCGUAUCAACAAGUGGUUCUCACAAGCCAUUUUAAAUAAGGAGAGCGGACUUAAGCUGGUUCACUAUCCCUAUCCGAUAUCAGUAAGAAGCAAAAAUCCCCGACUAAAGGACAUGCCAUUCUUAAGGCAAGAGGAUUCGGGCACCUUUAACGAUGCUACCAGUUUUAUGCUGAUGAACCUUUCAUCGGUUGCUGAUCUUAACAAACGUCUAAAGAAUCCUGUGGAUGUCCUACAGUUCCGUGGCAACUUCGAACUGAAAAUGGAUGUGGAUGAGCCCUAUGCCGAGGACAAUUGGCAAUGGCUACGCAUUGGCGAAGAUGCUGUUUUCCGGUCGGUGGCGCCCUGCACUCGUUGCAUCUUUCCAAACAUAAAUGUGAAGACCGCUGAGAGAGACCCCGAUGGAGAGCCGCUCAAAACUUUGAGGAGCUACCGCUUGUUCAACUACAGCUCACCGGCUCUGGGCAUUCAUUUGGGACUCCGGGUACCAGGAAAGGUUAAGGCAAACGAUGUUGUAUACGUUGAGGACAAGUGAACACUUCACUAGCUCUUCAAAGAUUUAAUUCUGUAUACAUUCACGUUUAUUACAUAGAACAUAGAUAAUGAGAGUACGGUUAAGUUUUAUAUGCAAAUAUACAUGUUUUAUGAGCCUA